AUGAGGCUCGUCGCCGGCCUAACAGCGGCCGCUCUCACCGGCCUCGCUGCCGCUGCAGGUCAGCAGGAUGCAGAGGUCUACAUGUUCCAGUCGCCAUGGGAGGCUUCCACCGAGAUACCGAGUAUCCCCAAAGAAGUCGCCCGUCACAUCUUUCUUCAGAGGACAUCCAGGCAACGAUACGGCAGCGACCUGCGCGACAUCCCCAGCUCCAUCCACACCGAAGCCGCGAUUGACCACCUUGCGAGGUUCGGCAAGAGCCCAGCGCCACUAUUUACCCAGGCGGACAAGACCGAUGCCUCUCAACUCGUCAUCAUUAUUGAAGGUGCUGCGGCCGAACAAUCUGUCCGGCUGAGGGAGACAUUGGGACAGAAUACCGCCUUCACCAUCUCCGACCCCCCUUCCGCCGCCGCCAACAACCAUUUGAUGGCGCUAUUCCGAAAUAUGGGGGUUGCCUCGUCGCAUCAAUGCGAUUUAUCGGCGGCGAUCAACCCCUUUGAUGGGGACUGUUGGACCGGCCCGUCCUCAGUGGUCAAGUACGACCUACGAGCUUCUCCAAAGGCAUUCGACUCGCUAGUUGACAACCUCCCCCGACUGGACAAGUUCGUGACCGCCGGCGACCUCAACGCCAUGCUCGUGGUUCUGCCCGAAUCUAGCCGCUCGUCCAAGCUCAGCCACUGGAGUGUCGCCGCUGCAGGAACAGGCUCCGACCUCCGCCGCCGGCGCGACGCUGAGAUGGUCAUCUCGGACCAAGACCACACCCAGCCCAAGACCACCGCCGCCCCCUCCAACGCGCCCGCGGCUCCCGGCGGCGGGUCCGGGUCCCACCGCACCAAGGCCAUCCCGCAGUGCUUCCCGUCGCUCAAGAGCUGCACCACCGGGACCAACUCGUGCUCGGGCCACGGCGAGUGCGUCGACAAGUACGCCCGCGGCAACGCCAGCAGCUCCGACGAGACGGCGCCGGCGAGUUGCUUCGCGUGUCUGUGCAAGCCUUCGCUCGUCGACCGCGAAGGCGCGCAGACCAAGGGGCGCAAGACGAUCCAGUGGGGCGGCAACAUGUGCCAGAAGGAGGACGUCAGCGUGCAGUUCUGGAUGCUUGCCGGCUUCACCAUCACAAUUGUGGGCGCCGUGUCGUUUGCAAUUAGCAUGCUGUUCAGUGUUGGCGAGGAGACGCUGCCUGGUGUCAUUGGUGCUGGCGUCAGCAGGUCGAAGUAG